UUGGUCUGCCCCCACCCCUUACUGUUUGCUGCGACGAGGUCCUUCUCAGACGAAGGGUCCAACGUAAAGCGGAGCUUUUUUGCAGAUCUAUAAACACCAUGGAUAGUACUCGCUCAGUUCAGAUGUUUUCAUCGUCCCUGCGGAUAGUGGAAGUAGGCAGGUGGUAAAUAAAUCUCCUCUCGUCUCCGUGUAGCUGAAGGGCGUGUUUCUGUACCACUAUUCUACAAAGGAACUGUUUCCAUCUCAGGCUGUUCAUCAGAUUGCAGAGAUCCCAAGCGGCUGGAAUGGAGGAAGAGGAGGCCCAGUGCUUCCUGAAGAAGCUUGUGGAGGAAUUCCCUGCUGCUCUGAAAGAAGACGCUCCUCUGCCGGUCAGCUCCCUGAGUCGGAGAGUCUCACUGGAGGAGCUGCAAGGAGAGAGCCUGGAGCUGGGCCAGAGGCUGCUGGCUGCUCGGGGAGCUCCCUCAGGCCUCAGGAUCCUCCUUUGCCAAGAAGCAGUCACCCAGCUUCUGAAGGACGACCUGUCGCCAUUUCACUGUCCACAGGAAGCUCAAGCAAACCUGGAAGAUGAGGAAAAAGUUGUCUUACUCGAGUCGGAAGCAGUCCAGCGGCUCUUCCUGAACCAUCUGAUAGGUGUAGCGCUCAGAUGGAACCAGGAGCUCUCCUCCUCCUUUCCUCCUCCCAGAUUUCAGUGUUCUGUUUAUGCCAUCAAGAACACAAGGAGGAAGAUGGAGGACAAGCAUGUGGCGCUGGCUGAAUUCAACCAGCUCUUCGGCAUUCAGGAUGGAGUGGAGCGGGCCUACUACGCUGUGUUCGACGGUCACGGGGGAGUGGAUGCUGCCGUUUAUGCUGCCACUCACCUCCAUGUUGCUCUGAGCAAACAGGAGACGCUGCAGAGUAACACCGGCAUGGCUUUUAAAACUGCCUUCAACAACACAGACGACAUGUUCAGACGCAAAGCCAAGAGAGAGCGUCUGCGGAGUGGGAGCACAGGAGUGGCCAUUCUGAUUCACGGUCAGCAGUUGACUGUGGCUUGGCUCGGAGACUCUCAGGCAAUGUUGGUUAGAAAGGGACAGGUUGUUACACUCAUGGAGCCCCACAAACCAGAGAGAGAGGAUGAAAAACAGAGAAUAGAAGAUCUUGGGGGUUGUAUCACCUUCAUGGGUUGCUGGCGAGUUAAUGGCACCUAUGCUGUCUCCAGAGCCAUUGGCGACUUCGACCAGAAGCCGUAUGUGUCUGGGGACGCUGAUUCUUCAACCAUCCAGCUGUCGGGGGACGAGGAUUAUGUGCUGCUAGCGUGUGAUGGCUUCUUUGAUGCCGUCAAACCUUCCGAGGUCCCAGAUCUGGUUGCUGAGGCGCUCCGGGGUGCUGAUGACUCUGAAACUGGAGGGAGUCUUCCACCAGAACACGCUGAAGAUAGAGUGGGACACAGAGUUGCUGAGAGAUUGGUAGGUGAUGCCAAGGCGGCAGGGUCCAGCGAUAACAUCACAGUGAUGGUGGUGUUCCUGCGUCCGCCUGGCCAGCUGCUGGCUAACACAUAAAUCCAGCUGCAUCCAGAGGAAAGGAACCAUGCAGCUCGCCUCAGGACACACUCAGCCCUCUGCAGACAGCCAGACUAACCCAGAAUCCUCACCUCUGACAUAUCCACAGCUAUUAUCUGUGCUAGACUGGCACAUGACUUGAUUUUUUACUCAAGAAAUCCAAUGUUAUAUGAUCUUAUGUGCACUCUAAGUGGAAAUUAUUGUGGAUAUCAAAAUAUACAUAGUGCUGUGGAAUUGACAGUGUUUUACAUUUACAUCAACACAUAUGUAAAAAAAUAAUGGUAAAACAGUUUCUACCACUAAUGAGACAUACAUACUGUACAGUUCAAUGGUAAAUAUACAUCAGUUGGUGGAGAAAUCUUCAGUAGCUUGUUUGUAAGUGUGCACCAUGUUAAACUAAAUGAUUGUUUUGUGCACCUUUUGAUCCACCAAACAACACUGACAUGAUCUGAUGAACCUGAUGCAGCUCAGCUGUACUAGCAGGAGUGUUCUGACAUUUGCAUCAUUUACCUGAAGCUCACUACUGGGGCUGUAUGUUGUGACUUCAGCUGUCUCCUGAAUUUUCCACGGAUGGAGAGCAUCACCAAAAGAACACCAGUGAAGCAUAGAGGUGGCAGCAUCAUACUGUGGGUUGCCUUUCUUUAGAUGGCAGAGGGAUUUUUGAAAGGGUGACAGAUCCAUUUAGCAGUCAACCUUUACCCAAAACCUUCAGGUCUCUGCUGCCAAGUCCAAGCAUCCAUCCAGAUCAACUGAAGUAUAAACUAUCAGACACAAUGUUUCGGAAUUGGUUGACAAGAGUUCAGAUCCAGGCUGUCAAGGUAAAUAUUGCUAAGUGAAGACGCGGCUGCUGUAGAGACUGGAUCAUGCUGUUGGGUUACAAGAAUUAGAUCAGCAUGUGUCCACUUACGUCAGGUUAUUUGUCCUUUUUUAAGUUUUAUAUUCCCCCCCCCCCACUUUCAUCCCUGCCCCCCCCAAAUAACAUUUGCAGAUGAAUUAUAGAGGCCUUAUUUACAUUGAAGGUGUAAAAAGUUUGGAAACAAUUUAUCAUGGUUUCAUUUUGAUAUUUUAACUUUUUAACAGGAGCGUGUAAACCUUUGAGAGCCACAGUUGUUAACUUUGCCGGGUGAUGUGUGUAUUGUGUGUUGUGUAUAGUGAUAGUGGUGAUAAUAGUCCCAUAAAUCAAACCCAGAUAACUAAAACCCAUCCCAGCCUGAAAGAUGGACUGGUCAUCAGUUUGUCACUCGACAACACAGACGAAGAAACACACACACAUGCGCACCCCCACCCCCACACACACACCUACCUGAGGAAAGUUGAGAGUGGUUUGUGUUUAGACAGUGGGAGGAAGCUGGAGUACCCAGUGAGAACAUGUAUGCACAGGGAGACCAUGCCGACCCACUGCAGACAGGUCAGUAGGGACCAACACACUCCCAACUUAACUGUCAGGCUCUGACUCACCCGCCAGGUCCUGACUUGGUCUUCAAGGUCUGACAUGGCUGCCAAGGCCUGAAUCGGGACUCGGCCGUCAGGGUCUGCCUUGACGGCCGAGUCCCAGACCAUGAAUACUGACUCGGUCUUCAUAGUCGAGUCGGACGAUGAAGAAACCACUUUGGUCUGGUUGGUUCUGGAUGCAGGGUCUGCUGGUGUUAACCAGUCCCCUGCUGGAGUCCUUCAGGUCCUUACCUGAUCUGCUCUGACCAGAUCUGGUGAUGAUGUGACCAGUAACUGUUGGCAGACCAGAGUGCCAACAGGUACUUAAUAUCUGUGCCAACAGGUGUUAACUGUUGGCACAGAUAUGUUACCAACAUAUCUGUUACCAACAACACUCUGUCCUCUGAAUGUCCUGUGCACUCUCACUGGAGGGCUGAGCGGUCCAGCUCACACACAUCACACUCUCUUCAGGGACUUUCCAAACAGGAAGUCCCAUUUGUUCAGUCUGAGCAUGUCAGAGGAUGCAUGCAUGUGUAUGUUCAUGUGAUUUCUCUUAAAGGAACGUGAUGCCAGCAGCUAAUGGUUGGUCCAAAGCCGACAUGCUUAGGCUUGAUCGGUAUUUCAGUUUGCUGCUGUUUGCAAAACUGGCAGAAUUAGCAGAGACUUCCUGCUGGGACAGGCCCACACUGGCAUGUUGGGCCUGCAGCCACACUCGUACAAUACAUAUACAUUUAACCUACAUAACCUUCAGCUAACUAUCAGAUUUAAUAUAUUGAUUUAUUUAGAGGAGGUUAAGUUACAGUUUAGAAAGUUUUAUUUUACCACGGUUUUGUCAUAUCUGUGGCAGUGAGACUGUUACUUUUUUAAUCUGAAUGCUUUUCAGACUUCAUCUACUUAAUCUGUUCUGUUGGUGGUGUCAGUGUAGAGGGCUAUUUCUUGAUGUAUUUGUAUGUUUUGGAGGUGAGUAAACUAAAAGUCUCAUGUGCCACAUAGAUCAGUUGGAACCUCUUUCAGAUCAGAGUUUUGUAAUAAUCACAACUUCCCUCCCCAUUCAUAGAUCAGCUGUAAGUCAAGCUGGCAGGAUCAUGGAUCAAUGAAUGCUUUCAGCGCAAUCUGAACCAAAGGGGCGUGGCAUACUGUCACAUCACCUAUGCUGAGUCAGAUCAUAGGUGUAGCAGUGGUGGAGCAAUAUCAACAGCACAGCUUGUCCCCUAACCUCUCUGUUAAUCUGAUCAGGCAGAGCUGCUAGAAUACAGAUUGAAAUUAUGACCUGAAAGGGGCAACAGUUGUGAGGAAUGCUAAACCUUUUUAACCAACGUGUAAAAGAUGGCCGGCUUAUAAAAGCAGACUCCAAACUGUGUUCUGAGACAAAGUAUUAAAUGUGUCUUUUAUCUGCUAAGAAAAUGCUGAUGUUAAACAUGUUGGAUUAUGUACUGAUUCUCACUCUGUUGGUAUUAUAAUAUUUACUCCUGUUUGAUGAUUCCUUUAUGGAAAAUGUGAAUGAUUUUUAGAAAUGGUUCGGAACCACAUCCAGCUGGAUUUGAUGUCAGGAUGUCAGGAUCUCACUGUGGAUUACUGACAUGGUUGGAUUCGCAGUUUUGUAUUCACUAAUGACUAAAUAAAAGACUCCAAACAAGAUAUUCGUCAGUUUUA